AUGCAACUUAAGCUUGAGAACCUUAUUGUGGAGAAAAAGAAAGUUGCAUAUGUUAAUGAUGCUAUUGAGAUGCUUGAGAGAAUGGCUCACCGUGGUGCCUGCAGCUGCGAGAAGAAUACAGGAGAUGGUGCCGGCAUCAUGGUCGCUCUACCACAUGACUUCUUCAAAGAGGUCGCAAAGGAUGCUGGGUUUGAGCUACCCCCACCAGGCGAGUAUGAUGUUGGAAUGUUUUUUAUGCCAACAGAUGAAAAGCGUCGUGAGAAAGGCAAAGCUGAGUUUAAGAAGGUUGCAGAAUCACUGGGACAUGUAAUACUCGGGUGGCGUCUGGUUCCGACUGACAACUCAGACUUGGGUGAAUCUGCACUCGAGACUGAGCCAGUCAUUGAGCAGGUUUUCGUUACCAAGAGCUCAAGAUCAGAGGCUGAGUUUGAGCAACAGCUAUAUAUCCUUAGGAGACUCUCAAUCAUCUCUGUUCGAGCCUCUCUGAACAUUAAGCGUGGUGGAGAGAGGGAUUUCUACAUGUGCUCUCUAUCUUCUAGGACUAUUGUUUACAAGGGCCAGCUUAAACCGUCCCAGCUUAAGGGGUACUACUAUGCAGACCUAGGUCAUGAAAACUUCAUGAGUUAUAUGGCUCUGGUAAAUACAAAACUUUGGCACUUACACAAAAAUUGUCAUGAUCAUAGUCGACGGAUGGGAACCAAUAAUAGCAAGGUUGUUGUAAGAAGAUACACUCCUAUGCAGGCAUCGAACUUUGAACUGUCCUACCAUCACUGCUCUACUCAUAUGCUAUUUCAGUCCUGGUUCUUGAUGCCUUAAAGUGAAGUAUUAGAAAACUCU